AUGAUGUUAAAGAUGUUUGGAGAAGAAGGUAUUGAAAAGAAUCAUGACUAUACAACCAGCCUUGUACAAGACAUCAACCAACUAAUACAAGCCUCAGAGGAAGUAAAGUUUAUGGCAGAAGAAGGCAUCAAACAAUGUACAAAAGAUAGAAUUGGACACCAGGACUAUGCUGCAUUGAAGACUGGCAGGAGUGUAAUUUCAAAACUAACAUCAAGCUCAGUAAAACCAAAUACAAGGAGUACAUGCCAUGACUUCUCCAUUCCACUUUUAAAAGACAACUCAGCAGAUCUUUGUGGUCCUGAGAUAGAAAUAUUUGGGGAUUCAUCAGCUGGGGAAUGUUGGGCAUUUUCAGGUAUAGUGGGCCAGAUUGGAAUUGAUUUAAGCCAUCAAAUCAUAGUUGAAUCAGUAAAAAUUGAGCAUAUUGGAUCAGAGAUGGCACAGGGAAACAUAAAUUUGGCACCUAAGAAUUUUGAGGUUUGGGGUUCAAGAGCAGUGGGGAAUGACUAUGAGGAGGUAUUGUUACUCAGAGGGAUUUACAAUAUUACAAAUUCUUCAGUGAUACAAAAUUUUGUAGUGACAGAAGGCAAUUUGCAGCAAUUCUACAAGAAGGUUAUUUUAAAAAUAUUAUCCAAUCAUGGGAAUCUUCAGUAUACAUGUUUGUACCGGGUCAGGGUCCAUGGAAAACAGUUCUGA